GCCCACCACCACCCGCUCAUCCCUACGUCUAAUCCACAAUCACUCCCACAAUUUCAUCAUCGCUUCUCAAUUACUGCGUUCACUUGAUGUUCGUCCAAUUUAAGUCGCUUGUCUUUGAACUCUCAAAGCUUAAUCAGACCCUGUCAAGAACCAAAUUGUUUCAUGCUUUACUAAUCAAGACCUGCCUUUUACAUGAUCCGUUUUACGCGACUAAAGUCAUUAGGUUUUAUGCUAUCAAUAAUGAUCUUACAUCUGCCCAUAACCUGUUCAAUGAAACUCCUAACAGAACUGUCUAUCUUUGGAACUCCAUCGUCAGAGCUUAUGCACAAACCCAUCAUUUUCUUGAUGCAUUUGGACUCUUUAAACAAAUGCUCACCUCAGAAACAAAGCCUGAUAAUUUCACAUUUGCUUGCAUUUUACGUGCUUGUUCCGAAAGACUUGAUUUUGGAGGGCUUAGGCUUGUGCAUGGGCAAGUGAUUGUUUCUGAUUUGGGACUGGAUUUCAUUUGUGGUAGUGCACUUGUAUCAGCUUACUCUAAACUAGGCCUUAUUGAUGAUGCGAGAAUGGUUUUUGAUAGGCUAAAUAGACAUGAUUUGGUUUUAUGGAACACAAUGAUUGCAGGCUAUGGAUGUUGUGGGUAUUGGGAGGAAGGACUACAUUUGUUUAUUGUGAUGAGAAGAAUGGAGAAGCAGCCUGAUGGGUAUACUGUGGUAGGACUAUUGUCGGGUUUGAUGUGUUCUAGCUUGCUGGAAAUUGGCCAAGGAAUCCAUGGUUACUGUUUGAGAAGUGGGUUUGAUUCUAAUGCACAUAUAAGUAGCAUGCUUGUUAGUAUGUACUCGAGAUGUAGUUGUAUGAAUUCAGCCUACAAAGUAUUUGAUGGUUUAUCGCAGCCUGAUUUAGUAACAUGGUCUGCUUUGAUAUCUGGUUUCUCACAGUCUGGAGAGCAUCAUAAGGCUUUGGUUUCAUUCAAGAGAAUGAACACUGAAGGUAAAAAGUCGGACUCCGUACUGGUUGCUACUUUACUUGCCGUCAUUGCUCAGUUGGUCAUUUUGGCGACAGGGGUCCAGAUACAUGGUUAUGCCAUCCGCCAUAGCCUAGAUUGUGAGGUCAUAGUAUCUUCUGCUUUGAUAGACAUGUAUUCAAAGUGCGGUUUCUUGGAUUUGGGGAUCAAGGUUUUUGAGCAUAUGUCGAAGAGAAACAUUGUUUCGUACAAUUCAAUAAUAGCAAGUCUUGGUUUGUAUGGGCUUGCAUCCGAAGCCUUUGAAGUGUUUAGGGAGGUUCUUGAAAGAGGUUUAAAACCUGAUGAUUCUACCUUCUCUGCUCUACUAUCUGCUUGCUCCCAUGGUGGUCUUGUCAAAGAAGGUCGAGACAUUUUUAGAAGAAUGUACGCCGAUUUUGGCAUCAAAGCAAAGAACGAGCAUUAUGUUCACUUGGUUAAACUUCUUGGUAUGGCUGGAGAGUUGGAUGAGGCUUAUAAUCUUGUCAACUCCUUGGGAGACCAUGUGGAUUCUGGCAUCUGGGGUGCACUUCUUUCUUGCUGUGAUGUACAUAAUGAUUCCAAAUUGGCAGAAAUUGUAGCUCAGCGACUCUUAGAGGACAAUCCAGACAGAAGCACCUACAAAGUUAUGGUUUCGAAUUUGCACGCUGGAAAUGGGAGGUGGGAUGAUGUGAAAAACCUGAGGGAUGAAUUAGAUGAUGUGAGAAAGAGGAAAGUUUGUGGGAUUAGCUGGAUCCAGAUUUAACAGGUGCUAAAUGUGUUAAUAUUCCCAUCCAAUCUUGAUGAAAGCAAGAACACUUGUUUGCUUGACUGACACAUGCCUCUGGUGAUAUCCUGCCAUGAUGUUGGGGUGCAUCUUGAAUCGUUGGUUUAUUCUCUUGCUAUGAAGCAUGUGCGCCUUUCCUCCCCUCAGAAUUUCCGCUCCGUAAACUAAAUAUCAUGGGUUUACUUGAGGAUGAGCCUUGGAGGAACUAGUAAGGUUGUCCUUUUCUUGAACCGGAGGUGAUGGGCUUGACCGUUUGAGUGAUGAAAACAAUCCAUUUGUAAAUUGCUUACAAGUUACAAGGGCCAGGUGCACCACGGGUCAUCUCUUCCAGGUUGAUGCUAUAUUGCAAGGCAGGCGUAUGCUGAUUCGAUCAGCACACUGACUCGGUCAGCAUAUGGUUUUUUUCCCUAGAGCACUUAUCUAACUUGGGGCCGUUUACUAAACGCUUGCUGUUGUGAGCAUGGUAAGGACCGAGUAUCUUACCUGCUGAGACACAUGGCAACAACCGAGGUUCUUACUUUGUAACCGAGGGAGAAGACUCUUACCUGGUUAGUGCUUACCGGGUAAGAGAUGCCUACAAACAAUCCAUUUUAAUGAUCGAGAAUGUUAUCCGACAAGGUAAUAGAGGGUGGUGGCUCCUACCAAGUACUUAACGAGUAAGCAUUUGGUAAAUGUUACCUGGUCAGUCCAUCAGUGUAAAUAGCUUCCAGCCCUACCCUUUUGCGAUAAGGGUUUUUCACGCUCGACCAUCGCUUGACAUUUCCCCUCCUGCUCCCUCCUCUCCACCAUUUCCUCUCGUUUCUCCUCGAUAUCUCGAACCAUCACCAAGGUACAUGAUUUCUUCGCCCUCAGUUAUAUAUUUUUAUUUGAUUCUUUUCAUGAAACUGAAAUGUGGUUUUGUAAAUGUAUGUUUUGUUUAUGGUUUAUGUAUUUGUG